UCGAGAAUCUAUAAAAUUUAUCUAGGAUAAUAUGUUGUAAGAUGUAGUUCCUUUUUUUUCCUUUUUUGUAUAAUGUCCAUUGAGGUCGAUACGAACAAUUGGAGGGGUUUUUUUAACAUCAGAAACAUAUUUUCCAGUGAAUUUUGGAGGUGGCCUCUUUAAAUUCCAGUGAAUUAUCGAACCCUAAAAUUUUAUCAAGAUUCGGGGCCAGGUAGUAUGUCUUUGCACUUAUUUGUUUUCCUUUUUUUCCCUGCUGAUAUGAGAGAGGUCUUGGCUGCGAAAUGAGCUAGAGAGAGAGCUGAGAGUUUGUUGGGUGCUGAGCUAAUGGAGAUGGGUCUGUAACUUAAAUCAUCAGAGAGAGAGAGGGAGAGGUGAGCGUUUGUGUUGGUGGUAUGUUAAUGGAGAUGGGUCGGUCUUGGACCAUGACUGUCUUCACCCAAUGUGCUCUAUUUAUCUUACUCUGGGUUGCCUUGUACAUGGGCAAGAGUGAGAAACCCAGGAGAGCCUCGCCAUUGGAUCUCUACUUCAUCAGUGUGGGUGGCGGAGAAAGGCCACCCAGUGACCGUACUUUGCUUCUUAGACAGAUGGAAAAGACGGCGAGGUUUUACAAGGUUAAAUUUAUUGUGAGCAUUGCUGAACUAGGUGAGGAGGAUCCCUUAGUGAAGAAUGCUACUUUGGAAUUCCCAUCACUAAAGGUUCCAUGGUAUACAAGUGGAUCAGGAAGGGGAUACUUUUGGAAGCAGGUUUCAAUUCCAUAUGAUCGUUUUCUUGAUAUUUUUAGUGUAGAUACCAGAUCUUUGCAGGAUUGUUUGCAGACAAGACCAGCAACAGUUGAUGAAAGAGAUCAACUAGAAUGGCUUGUGGAGAAACUUAAAGCUACUAAUGGUAUCUGGCAUAUAGUUAUAGGGUUUCAUCCGUUGAUCAAUUGCCAAGGGCAUAAGAACAUUAUGAAGACCAAGCUUUUUCAGCCAUUGCACCAUAUCUUUCAAAAAUAUGAGGUGGUGAGCCCCAAUCACAUCAUGCACGCUCACACACAUAAUGUGUACCUGAGCAGGCAGGAAGGAGCUGGUCAUUACAUAAAGGAGGGGACGACUGCUUAUAUUGGGAAUCCAAUUCCUGCAGUUGUAUGCAAUGGCAUAACAUGCAAUAAUGCUUGCUGCAUUGAAGGAAUGCAUAAUGGAUUUCUGCUCCAUCGGGUUAGUCCCUUGGAAAUGGAAUCAUACUACAUCAAUUCAACAGGCAAGAUUGUGUUCAGAUCGACACUGUAUCAAGGGAGAAAAGAGGUUAUGUGAUAAUGACUCUCAUUAUUUUGUUUCGAAUAAUCAUUCAUUUUCUUGGCCAAGUAUCAUUCUUUACCCUCACAACAAUACCGUCCGUCUUUGAAAUGAAAAGUUAAGAUGCCAUUUACCUUUG